CAGUCCCGCGUUUCCAGUUGAAUUACAAAAAGGUGAAUUACAUCAGCUGAUUGCUCACGGAUUAUUAAGAACGUUUGUAAAUAAUAAAAAUAAAUCCCCCUCGAAGGGCUAUUCAACUCGAAGUGAGAUAUUAUUAUUUUUUUUAUUUGGAGAAGUGAAAAACGAUUUUCGAGGUGUGCUGAACAAUUCGCGGUGUUAUUUUUGUGUUCAAUAAUGUUAUCGGACGGGGAGAAGUGGUGAGAUACUGUGAUGGGACUGGAAGAAACCGAAUUUAUUGGAUUUAUUUCGGUUGAGGCAUCGGCAAAUUGAGAAUGUUGUCGGAAGUAGAUGUUUUUAUUAGUAAUUAUACUCUGGUGGAUCCUGAGGUUUAUCAGCUCUGGGUGGAUGGUCACACUUCGAGUGAUGCAGUUGGGAUCCUGCACCAACGAGGCAUUUGCCACCAGACAAAUGCUCCAAUUGAACUGGUGGCCUCCGAUGUACUCGAUCAUUAUCGAACGUACUCCCUCCUCGAAAGAUUACUCCAAUCACCACCGAAAUUGGCAAGCGAGCAGUUGAGUUUUCAGAUCGAACCGCAAACUAGUCAGAUGUUGAUAGAAAUGUACUACGAUUUUGAUGACUCUGUGAUUCGCGAACUUCUGGGGAAGAAGUUGACGUCGAAGAGUAGAAAGGAUAUGGACGAAGUGGCUGAAAAGACUGGGAUUACGUUGAAAAGCUGUAGGAGACAAUAUGACAAUGUGAAAAGAGUUUUUAAAGUUGUUGAGGAUGUAUCUGGCUCUCUAGUCGCGAACAUAAAACAACAUUUUUUAUUGCCCGAUGAUUUAGCGAAGCGUUACGCAGCAGUCGUUUUCAUAGCUUGCCUGCGUUUCGAGAUGAGUAAAAGAAAACUGCAAUUCCUGACAUUCCCUGAUCUCUACCACUGCGCGAAUGCAAUGAUGGCCUCAUGGACAUAUCGAUACACAGGCUCCGAGUACUUCGACACGGAUUUGGACAGAGAAUUCCUCAUAGAAUUGGCCGAGUGUCGAGUUCUCCUGGAGAACGACAAGCAUCACAAGCAUCUCGUUUGCAUCAAACUGAAACCAACUCUUCUCGAGAAAUCAUACCAGGAGUUGGAUGUCAACUUUCGUUCAUACUCGAGAGCCCUCCUGGGGAUUGCCUGCAGCCUACACAGAUCCCGGGAACUCAGAUUUCUAUUUUUAGAGUUAGUGGAGAGAUGCAUUGAGCCCUGGAAGCAAGUCAACUGGUCCCACACAGAUUUGAGAAAUUUUCUCAGUGCAUAUACCCAGUGUGCACUCGAUCUGGACGUAUUGAGAGAAGGAACCCUGCGAGAUGCAUUCGAGCGUUACAUGAAAGUAGUAACGAGCUGUCUCUUGAGAAUGUACCACACGUGACGACUGAUAAACGUCUGUUCAGGCGUAAUAAUUGUUGACAAUACCCCAAACGAGGAGAGUCGAUGAAUCAUAUAUUACAAUUUAUUUCUCAUUGUUAAUUCGUUCUUUCUCUUCUUUUUUUGUGUAAUAAAUAAUCAAUAAUAACACGUGGCAGAGUAUGCAAUCUUCAGUGACACUCAUAACAUAUCCACAUAACUACAUAUCAUUACACCAUCCCAAUGAUCCUCGCCACUCCCUUCCCUCUAGUCCCUCCCCGGAGUAGAUCUGACAAAAAAUUAUCUGAAAAAUUUCCAAUCCUCUCCCUGCAAAUGAAUUAGGCAAUAUUGCAACAGUGUCCUCUCAAAAAAUAUGAUAAAUUGCAGGAAACAAAUUCUGAGUUCCCGAAUACAUGAUUUUGUCUUCAGUAAAUUUUUUCUCACAAAGAAAAAA